CUCUUCCAUGAUGGCGCCUUCAUUCAUCUACCAACUACUACUGAUAUUGAUGACGGCAUUCACCUCCGCGAAAAGUGACUCGAUUGGUCGAGUCAACAAAUGCGAUGACCGAAUCAUCGGUGGCUACGAGGUAGACAUUACCGACAUUCCCUUCCAAGUGUCCCUGGAUUUCUUCUUUCUCGGACAUUUUUGCGGAGGUGUGGUCAUAUCCCGCAGAUGGGUUCUCACGGCGGGUCACUGUGUUGGCGGUGAUUUCACAGCCCUGGGAGUUUUCGUGCGGUUUGGUUCCACUUUUUCCGACAGAGGUGGCCUAGUGGUGACUCUGAAGCGUGCGGUGCAACAUCCAAAAUACAACGAUAAUACUCUAGAUUACGAUGUAACCCUGCUAGAACUGGGCAGAGACCUUCCAUUAGAUGACCAAUUCUAUGCUGUCGAUCUGCCGGAGCAAGAUGAACCUAUCGAAGAUGGGCACUGUGUGCUAGUGUCCGGUUGGGGAGUUACGCAUGCCCGAGUUGAUCGGUUGCAUGCCGUACAUGUUCCGAUCGUGAAUUUCGAGGAAUGUAGGGAGGUGUACAAGGACAUGAAUCACGUAACAAGGCGGAUGAUUUGCGCAGGGUAUCCGGAAGGUGGAAAGAACGCCUGCUACGGUGAUUCUGGAGGUCCAAUGGUAGAUGGUCGAAAGCUGAUUGGUUUGGUGUCCUGGGGAGUGCCGUAUGCCGCGCCAGGAUACCCGGGAGUAUACACUCGAGUGGCAGCCAUUCGCAACUGGAUUACGCAGGUUAGCAAAGUAUGAUACGUGCAUUGAUAUUGGUCGAUAGGAUUAUCUACUGUAUACCCAGGAUAGAAAAAACUGUAAGAUUAAUCUUGCUGAUAUAUAAUAAAUUUAAA